AUGGCUGAAACUAGUAUGUAAUGAAAGAGAAAGUAUCGAUUUAUGUUCCAGCGUAGUGGGAGUGGAAGAAUAGAGAUAAGGCCGAUGAUAUAGUGGAAGCAACACCGGAGGAGAACGAAUUAUGGACGAGAAAAUGGGCCAGGUGAAAAAUUGACGACCAUGAAUGAAAAAUAAGGAAUUAAAGAUAGACAUAGGUUAAAUAGAGGUUGGAGUACAUGAUGACAAGGAAAUGAAUUGACGAGAAGCAGAGGUUGGGGUGAGAAGUAAUUAGGGCCACGCAACGGACAUAAACGAUACAGGGAAUACAGUAGAGGAUAUAUUACUAACAAAAUGUAGCUGAUAAAAGAAAGAGAGUCUUCAAGACCUUCUCAUACAAGGGUGUCGACUUAA